UACACCUUUGUAUUCUUACAGCUUCGGCUUAUUUCUCCUGCCACUUUCUACAGGUUUUUAUUUAAAAUAAAGGACUUUUUAAACAAACAUGUCACCCUGCUUAUUUAACGUAGGCAUACUCGCGCAAUUAAUUAAUUGCAUAUCAAAUUACGAGUUUAAUCAAUCAUCAUGAUCCAUACGAUUGUAUAUAUCAAGUUUCAAAUAAAGACAGGAGGCUGUUGUCUUUUACAGUAAUCAUUAAUGAGUCCGUAAUCAAUCUCUUUAUAAUGUGAAAAGGUGGAGGCUCUGUAAUUGUAAUUCGGAUGGUGUUGAUAGAGCAUUGGGGAGGCGAGUAGGCGCGCGCGCGUGAUCAACACGAUGAUCAGAAAAUUCAUAGGGCAGUCAGUCGCGAGCCUCGCGAUUCUUCGGGUGAUCGCUUCAAUGUGGAACAGUACACGGUAAUGAACUUAUGCAGUGAUCUUCGAGGCUCUUCCGGUCCUAGUUAAGAAGACAAACGUUAUCCGUCGGAUCUGAAUACAAUAAGUACACCGAGAGAGGGUGACCAGAAACGGGCGCCGCAGCAGAUUCGCGCGCGAACCGCGUACGAUUGACAAUGAAGCGUUUCCGCGUGAUAAUUAGUGCGAUUUCGUUAGUUUUGGUCUAUGUGACGAAGAUCAAUGGAGAAAGAAAUAAUACAAAAGAGGAUUCGUUUUGCAGUCCGUUCCCUGGCACCGUUUUGUCACGGGAUAAGAUCAAAUGGUUUGAGAACGGAAGUUUGGCGUACGAUAAUCUCGUGUACCCCGUCGGGUCUUAUCAUAUAGUCGGGAACGAAACGUACGGAUGCACGUGCGAUCUACAGCUGUGUUUAUGGAAAUGCUGCAAGGGUGAAGACAUUUUGGGGAGAGGCAGCGCGCCGAAUUGCACCAGACCUAGCCAGGUUCGAGAAACGCGAGUGGACGUGGGUAUCCGGAAGAUCUCCGACAUAGACCAGUUCGUCCUCGUCGAGGAUAUGGACUGCCCCAAGAGUACCCUUACGAAAUACAUGCUCGAACCAGAACUGUACGAUGACGACGUGUUCGAGUUGCAAAAAGACGGGACUCUUCGCACUAUCAUGUCUAAUUUGACGCCGUGGAAUUAUUGUCUCGAUUGGAAAGAAUCUUCUGAGAAGAUCGUGGUGCGCGUAUGCGAACAAGUGUACAGUCCUAUUGACGGGAAGGAGAAAACGAAGGAACGACAGAUGUCUUACAAUGUCGGCAUCAUGAUCUCGAUUGUCUUCUUACUUGCUACUUUCUUCGUUUACGCGUUCAUCCCGGAACUGAGGAAUCUCUAUGGAAAGACUUUGAUGUGUUACGUGGCUUGCCUGCUGACCGCAUACACAUUCCUCGUUUUGACCAAUUUCUUCUACUUCAGCUUCUUCUUCUGCGCGGUGAUAGCAUUCAUCACCCAUUUCUCUUUCGUGGCGAGCUUUUUCUGGUUGAACGUAAUGUGCUUCGACAUUUGGUGGACCUUUGGAGGGUUCCGAGCGCUGCGUGGUAGCGUGAACCAAAGGGAACGUAAGAAAUUUGUUAUAUAUUCAAUUUACGCUUGGGGAUGCGCGUCGCUUCUGACCGGGGUCUGUGCCAUCAUGGACUUCGUCCCCGGCAUUCCGGAUCAUCUGUACAAACCGGGGUUCGCCGAACAAAGAUGCUGGUUCUCAUCGGAGGAAAGGACGGCAAUAUAUUUUUACGGUCCUAUAGCUGUUACCAUAUUUUGUAACAUAUUGCUCUUCGCGUCUACGGCAUUGAAGAUUAUGAAGCAUAAGAAAGACACGUCUCUUCAUCUCGGUGGCGCGGAUAGCAGACGCCACGAUGAUAAUAAACAGCGAUUCAACCUAUAUCUAAAGCUGUUCAUCGUGAUGGGCAUUAAUUGGUCGAUGGAAAUCAUAUCUUGGGCAUUCACUUGGGCGGAAGUAACAGACUGGGUCAAUUACCUGUGGUACAUCACUGAUCUCACGAACGCGUUGCAAGGCGUUAUCAUCUUCAUAAUCUUUGUUUGGAAGGAGAAGAUCAGACAGCUGUUGCUGAGGCGGUUCAACUGUUACGAAUUAACAGAAAGCGUUCGCGCGAAAUAUCUCGAAAUGCGAAACUUCCGAUCGGUUUCUGGUCGCGUUGAGGAAAAUUGUUAUCAGACGCAUCGAUGAUACUAAAUAAAGGAAUCG